AUCUCAUUUCUCAUCCCGUACCAAAAAAAAAAAAAAAUCUCAUUUCUCAUCUUCUUCAAAGCCCGCACGAGCACACCAAAUACUUCUAGCACAGCCUCAGCCAUGGAAGCAUACAAUUCUUCUACUUCUUUAACGACAUCCUCAUCAAUGUACUCGAAACAAUACUCCGAGGAAACAAAAGGCCUGAAAAUGCCACAAUCUUAUCAUCUAUCCAUUCGAAAACCCCAGAUGAAACCAUGUAAGAAACCAAUAGCACCAUUGCAACCAACGCCACCAAGAGUUUACAAGGUGGAUCCUAUAAACUUCCGAGACCUUGUUCAGAAGCUCACUGGUGCACCCGCGCCAGAGCCAGUGCCAGAGCCACAGCAUCAGCCAAGGCUCCAAAGCGUGGCACCUCCUCCGCUUGAUCUUGCUCAACCAACAUUAUUUGGUCGAGAUUUUUCAGCAAUACCCUUACAACUUCUUCCUUCUCCUGCGAAAACCCCGUUGUCUGCCUUGCACCAGGAGUUAAUGUCUGAAUCAUUGGAUGUAAAACCCAAGAAGAUAUCAGAUAGUAUAAUGGCCGUAUCAAGUUCACUCGAAUCGAAUCUGUCACCAUCCUCUCAUGCUUGGUGUUCCUUUCCUCUUCUGAGUCCAGGAACUCUUUCCAGUCUUGAGCAAGGCACUGUGCUUUAGAUGUUAAUUACAAUACCCCCGUGCCAUGUUUUACUUCCAGUACUGUUAGCACAAUCUCGUCUUUUCUCAAUUAAGCUGAAAACAGAUGCAGUUUAAAACCACAGUUCUUUACCUUGUAAUUAAGAAAAAAAUUAUGGCGUCGGUUGAAUCCGUAACCAUUCAACUUCUUAAACAACAGAAGGCAGAAUAAUCGUCAGCUCUGGAAGCCCUGGGCUAUAUAUAGCUAGACACUCAUUUGUGUAAUAUGAAGCAAUCAAUAUAUCAAGACUGUUGGUUCAUUUUUCAAUAUUUUUUUAAUAUUCAA